UCCCCAGGAGGCCACUGGCGGGCGGGCGGCGCUGCCUUUUGUGCGUUUCUUUCUGAGGUGCCAGAGACCCCCAGCCGUCGGCCGCGGCCCCGCGCGGCCCCCGGCCCCUCCUCUCAGCGUCCCCAGCCCCCUGCUCGGCUCCGCGUGCCAGCUCGGGGCUCGCUGGUUCGCUCCCGGGCGCCAGGAGGAGGGGCGAGGGCCGGGAGCCCCCUCCCCCGCGCGCGGCGCCGGAGCCCAGCCGAGCCGGGGGGGACCCGCCGCCGCCCGUCAUGUGGGCCGGACUGCUCCUCCGGGCCGCCUGCGUCGCGCUCCUGCUACCAGGGACCCCGGCCCGCGGCUACACCGGGAGGAAGACGCCCGGGCACUUUGGGGCCGAGAGACGCCGGCUGGGCCCCCACGUCUGCCUCUCGGGGUUUGGGAGUGGCUGCUGCCCUGGUUGGGCACCCUCCAUGGGCAGCGGGCACUGCACCCUUCCCCUCUGCUCCUUUGGCUGCGGGAGUGGCAUCUGCAUCGCUCCCAAUGUCUGCUCCUGCCAGGAUGGAGAGCAAGGGGCCACCUGCCCAGAAGCCCACGGACCCUGCGGGGAGUACGGCUGUGACCUUACCUGUAACCACGGUGGCUGUCAGGAGGUGGCCCGAGUAUGCCCCGUGGGCUUCUCGAUGACAGAGACAGCUGUUGGCAUCAGGUGUACUGAUAUCGAUGAGUGUUUAAGCGCCUCUUGUGAGGGCCACUGUGUGAACACGGAAGGCGGGUUCGUGUGCGAGUGUGGGCCAGGCAUGCAGCUGUCCGCUGACCGCCAUAGCUGUCAAGACACUGAUGAAUGCCUUGGGACCCCCUGCCAGCAGAGAUGUAAAAACAGCAUUGGCAGCUACAGGUGUUCCUGUAGGACUGGCUUCCAUCUCCAUGGCAACCGGCACUCCUGUGUAGAUGUAAACGAGUGUCGGAGGCCGCUGGAGAGGCGAGUCUGUCACCAUUCUUGCCAUAACACCGUGGGCAGCUUCCUGUGCACCUGCCGACCUGGCUUCAGGCUCCGAGCUGAUCGAGUGUCCUGUGAAGCCUUCCCCAAAGCCGUGCUGGCUCCAUCUGCCAUCCUGCAGCCUCUGCAGCAUCCCCCUAAGAUGCUACUGCUGCUUCCAGAGGCAGGCCGGCCCGCCCUCUCGCCAGGACACAGCCCUCCUUCCGGGGCUCCAGGGCCCCCUCCUGGAGUCAGGACCACGCGGCUGCCGUUUCCCACCCCCGUGCUGCCCACGGCCUCCCCUUCUGCCCUGUCGCAGCUGCUCUCCACCACAGUGGCCACCCCCAUGCCUAGUGCCUCUCUGUUGGGGACCCUCGGACCCCCCUCACAACUCCAAGAGAAGGCGGUGGUGACCCCUUCCUUGCCCAGGGGCCCCGAGGCCACGCAGCUGGCACCAGGGCCCUCUGCCUGUUGGCACCUUGGAGCCAUGUAUGAGUCAGGGAGCCGCUGGACAGAGCCUGACUGUUCCCAGUGCUCAUGCGAGGACGGGGAGGUGACCUGUGCAAAGGUGACGUGUGAAGCUGUUUGUUCCCACCCGCUUCCCUCCGGAGAUGGGGGAUGCUGCCCAUCGUGCGCAGGCUGUUUUCACAGUGGCGUCGUCCGGGCCGAAGGGGACGUGUUUUCACCUCCCAACCAGAACUGUACCAUCUGUGUCUGCCUGGCCGGAAAUGUAUCCUGCAUCUCCCCAGAGUGUCCUCCCGGCCCCUGUCAGACCUCCCUGAAGUCCGAUUGCUGUACGUGUGUGCCAGUGAGAUGCUAUUUCCACGGCCGCUGGUACGCGGAUGGGGCUGUGUUCAGUGGGGGUGGUGACGAGUGUACCACGUGUGUCUGCCAGAAUGGGGAGGUGGAAUGUUCCUUCACGCCGUGUCCAGAGCUGGGUUGCCCUCGCGAGGAGUGGUGGCUGGGCCCUGGGCAGUGCUGCUUCACCUGCAGGGAACCCACACCCAUGACAGGCUGCUCUCUCGACGACAAUGGGGUUGAGUUUCCGAUUGGACAGAUCUGGUCGCCCGGUGACCCCUGUGAGUUAUGCAUCUGCCAGGCAGAUGGCUCAGUGAGCUGCAAGAGGACAGACUGUGUGGACUCCUGCCCUCACCCGAUCCGGAUCCCUGGACAGUGCUGCCCGGACUGCUCGGCAGGCUGCACCUACACAGGCAGAAUCUUCUACAACAACCAGACCUUCCCAUCCGUGCUGGACCCGUGCCUGAGCUGCAUCUGCCUGCUGGGCUCGGUGGCCUGCUCGCCCGUGGACUGUCCCAUCACCUGCACCUACCCUUUCCACCCUGACGGGGAGUGCUGCCCAGUGUGCCGAGACUGCAACUACGAGGGCAGGAAGGUGGCGAACGGCCAGGUGUUCACCUUGGACGAUGAGCCCUGUACCCAGUGCAUAUGCCAGCUGGGAGAGGUGAGCUGUGAGAAGAUGCCCUGCCAGCAGGCCUGUGCAGACUCCUCCCUGCCUCCCAGAGACUGCUGCUCCUCCUGCCCAGAUUUCCUGGAAGGGAGCCGGGGACUCUCCCCUGGUGGAGUCGCAGAGCUCAGCAAAGCGUCCCGGAGCCCCCGUGGAGACCCCGAAGCCCCGGUCAACUGCAGCUCCUGCCCGGGGCCCCCAGCCACGUCGUCUCAGAGGCCAGCGCCCCAGCUCCUCCAGCUCCUCCUAAGAACGAACCUGUCUAAUAGGCAGACUUUACCCUCGGGAGCCCGGGCCUCACCCUCACCCCAUCUGCGACUGGAAGGCAACUUCCCAGGGGAGCCCGGGGCCUCCCAGCCCCCUCGGCUCUCACCAGGGCCUUCGAUCUUCCCAGGAGCCUCCUCUCUACCUCCGGCCUCUCCCGGGGCUCCCGGGCCACCUCCUCUUACACCAGAGCCCUCGUCCUCAGCCUCCAGGGCCCACACAGCCUCCAGACGGCCCACCACAGCCCUACCUGGAGCUUCGGCCCUUUCCACGAUGGGCACCAGCCCCUCUGAGACCCCCGUCACCCUCCUCAGGCCUCGCAGACUGUCUGCAGCCCUUGCAGCCACGGGCAGUCCCGGCCCCCAGCCACCUACCACGGGGACCUCGCGGGAGGAGGAGCCCACAGGGUGACCAGGUCUUCACCUCAGGGUCAUGCCCAGGAGACGCCGGACAGAAGACUCUGCCAGUGGCCCUGGGAGCCUGGCAGGGUGGCUCUGGGGGCCAACGAGGCUGCCAACUUCUGCGGGACCCCUCGACCCCGAGAAGCAUUUGGGAUGCGUUACAAGAAUCCAGCAAGGCCUUCUCUGCGGUCAGCAUCUUUCCUGGCCCACCUGGCUCUCCUGUCCUGUGAGAAAGGUUGGGGUGGCUGAGUCUCCCCUGGAGGAGGAGGGAUAGAGGGGCCUGGGGUUCCACUGGGAUUGUGUCACCAGCCAUUAUGUGUCCUCACCUGAGGUUUCCCGAUUAAAGGCUGUCUCGGUCUCCCCAGGCUGCCCCUCUUGUUCACUUCUCACCUUUGGAAAGGUGGGAAAACUUCACUCCAAGCCCACAGGUGGGCAACUGCCUUGGCCCAGGCCACUUUCCUAGGGUGGCCCAGAUAGAAUUACUGGCCAACACGGAGGGCACAAAGCCCUGUCCCCUUGCUGCAACACAGAAUGACUCUGAAGCAAGCACCCUUCCAGCCUCGGAGCUCCACAGGGGCUUGGCUGAGCCUUUGGGGUCUUUUAGGGCCACACCUGUGGCAUAUGGAAAUUCCCAGGCUAGGGGUCAAAUUGGAGUGGCUGCUGCUGGUCUCCAUCACAUCUCACUGCAAUACGGGAUCCUUAACCCACAGCACGAAGCCAGGGAUGGAACCUGCAUCCGCGUGGAUAUUAAUCAGGUUCUUAACCCACUGAACCACAACAGGAACUCUUUGGCUGAGUCCUAGGGAGGGCCCGGCCCACCCCUCCCGCUUGCUUCCCUCCCCCAUCCCCGCAGAUGUUAAAGCUGAGCGCCACCUGCCCGCAAUUUCAUCUCAGAGGUUCCCUCCUAGGGACCCCCCCGCCAAGCCCUCUUCAUCUGUCUUUUCCUUCCUCAUUUUAAAAGUCUCCCAGCAUCAAGGAGGGAGGGACUUAAUCUAAGACCCAGCCCAAUCUGGUCCCAGGCCUGUGCAGAUGUUGCUCCCAAGCUGGGGUUGAAGUGCACGGUCGGCAGAGCACCCCCGCUGGACCGCUGUGGCCAACACAGUCCCUUCUCAGGGCCUCUGAGUGCCUCUGACCUGUCCUCCUUCCCCCUGUGAUAUGUUGGGAGACCCCAGUGGUGGGACCUUGCUUGGUCAGAACAGGUUCUGCCCACAAUAAACCCCAGGGCUGGCUGGCACCAGGAGGCUGGAGGUCCACUUUCAAGACUCCAGUGGGGCACAGAUGAGCUGGUCUGAAUUCUCAGUACCCUGGGCUCCCGCACUGGGUGUAUCGGGUGUUUUUUGUGCGGGAGUACAGCCUGCACUUCCCUAACCUAGGAUUCCACCGGAGGCUUCUGAGAAGCAGUAGAGGAGGGGGAGAGGGUGCUGGAAACCUCUUCCACAGGGUCAGUUUCACUGGACCCAGGGAGUUCCCCAAGGCCAAGUAAUCAGACAUGGGUCAAGAGAUCUGCUUUGGAGUUUAGGUGACAAUUGGCUCGAGGACAAAUCGCAGUAGAUUUUGCAUUGGGAUAAAUUCAGAGAUUUAAAAAUACCUUUCAUGAACUUUUUUUUUUUUUUUUUUGACUUUUCUCGAGCUGCUCCCACGGCAUAUGGAGGUUCCUAGGCUAGGGGUCUAAUAGGAGCUAUAGCCACCGGCCUAUGCCAGAGCCACAGCAACGAGGGCUCCAAGCCGCGUCUGUGACCCACACCACAGCUCACCACAGAUCCUUAACCCACUAAGCAAGGCCAGGGAUUGAACCUGCAACCUCGUGGUCCUAGUCGGAUUUGUUAACCACUGCGCCACUACGGGAACUCCCACAUUUUUAUUUCUAAUAAUGGGGAUGUAAAACACAUUCAAAAUAAGUUCAUGAGGAGUUCCCAUGUGGCGCAGUGGUUAACGAAUCCGACUAGGAACCAUGAGGUUGUGGGUUCAAUCCCUGGCCUUGCUCAGUAGGUUAACGAUCCGGCGUUGCCGUGAGCUGUGGCUCAGAUCCCGUGUUGCUGUGGCUCUGGUGUAGGCCGGCGACUACAGCUCCGAUUAGACCCCUAGCCCGGGAACCUCCAUAUGCCACGGGAGCGGCCCUAGAAAAGGCAAAAAGACAAAAAAAAAAAAAAAAAAAAAAAAAAAGAAAGAAAGAAAAAAGAAAGAAAAAUGUGUAGGAGUUUCCUUGCAGCACAGUGGGUUGAGGACCCUGUGUCGCUGCAGCGGCCCAGGUCACAACCGUGAUGCAGGUUCCAUCCCCGCCCCGGGAACUUCUGCAUGCUGAGGGUUUGGCCGAAAAGCGUAAAACUGUAAUAGAUGAGGUGUCUUUCCAUCCCCACAUUCACCCGGUACCCCUACCCUUUCUGUGAUGUCUGUUUCUUGGGCGCCCCUUCUUGAUUUCUUUAUGUAUAUGCAAGCAAAUCUUUAUCAUCCAAAGACAGAAUAAUACAGGCUCUGUUAUCA